CGAAGCGACAAGUAGUUGAUAGCAACAUCGGCGGAUAGCACCCGGCAGCCACUGCAACACGCGUUGCAACGGACACGAAAAAUAGAAAUAAAUAAAAAUAUAAUCAUAAGAAGCAAAAAGCGAGGGAGAGGCGAACCACCAAACAGCCCCGAAAAUAUUUCAUUUAUUUUCAUGUUUAUUUUGACUUGAGGGAUACGUUUCGUUUUCUUGAAAACAACAACAGGCUGGUUCCUCACCAAAGAAAAUAGGAGACGUGUCGUGUAUGUCAAGCCAUAGCUCUCCCCAUGUGCUGCGCUGUGCUGCAUUAACAAUUGUUAAAAUGGGAGAAUAGAACCCAUCGAUAGGUAAACACAUCCCAGCAAAGUCGAAAAUAUUACACCGACCUGCUGUCGCAUCGAUCAGCGGCAUUGGGCGAAGUGAAAGUGAAUAUAUAUAAAAUCGAGGAACAACGACAUAUAUAUCGCCGCCGUGCCUUAUCUCUGCUCCACACGGAGUGAAUGCACUCAUCGUCGUCUCAAAAGUACAAUUUUUCAGGUGCCUAAGCCCGAUUUGAAUACAAAAAACCACAACGCUUUUGGCUGCACAGAGAACGAAAAUAGAUUGGCGGGCAAAAGAAUCCAAGUUCAGUGUCAGAAUCGAACCGAAUCUGCCUGCAAUCCGACAGAUACAGAUCGGCAGCAUCGCCAUCGCAUUAUCGGAAGCGUGCUUUUGAAAUCCGCAUAUACUUGGCUGUGAUAUUGCACUCGAAAAGAUGACCCAGUCGAAGGACAAUCCGGAGAAGAGCCGCGAGCUCAUCAGCGAGGACAGCAUGAAGGAUCUGCUAACCAAGCAGCUGGAUAUCGUUGGCAGCGGCGGAGCAUAUGUCUGGGCCAUCUUCUUUCUGUGCGUCACACCCAACAUACUGAACGGCUUCCAUGUGUCCUCCUACACGCUGCUGGGCCACCUGCCCGAUGAUCAGUGGUGUGGCAUCCCGGAUCUGCAGGACACCAACUGGACGCUGGCCCAGAAGCGGGAGAUAGCGGCACAUGGCCUGGACUCCGGUGGAUGCACUGUGUGGGAUUGGGACUAUCAGCAUUUGGCCAAGAUGUCCUACGAGGCGGCUCUCAACUAUACCGGCCAUCACUUGGAGAGCGCACAGCCAGCGGAGGUGUCCUGCAAAGUGAAGGGUCGCUACGAGUACGCCAAUCCGGAGAGCACCUUCGUCUCCGACUGGGAUCUCACCUGCGAGCAGAGCAUCCAGCGGACUUCCGCCCAGGUCUCCAUAUCGCUGGGCAAGUUCUGUGGCUCCUUUACGUUUGGCAUUUUGGCGGACAAAUUUGGCCGUAAAGCAUCCUUUACCCUGGGUGCUCUGUUCUUCAUUGUGGGCAGUUUCUUUUGCACCUUUUCCCCCUGGUACAGUCUCUUUUUGGCUGGACGCUUCCUCCUAGGAGCAGCUUCCUCAGGACUCUUUUAUCCUGCUUUUACCAUGAUUGUUGAGAACAUUUGCUUGAAGCAUCGUUCGUGGAUGUCGAUAGCUUUCUCCGCUUCUUAUCCCGUGGGCAUGAUCAUCCUGGCAAUUAUAGGUUACUUUAUCCAACCCUGGCGGGAUCUGCAAUUGGCUUUGACCAUUCCUUCGCUGCUGCUCAUAUUGAACUGCUACCUGAUGAAUGAGUCACCUCGCUGGCUGAUCAUGAACCGGCGGUACGAUCGCGUUUACAAGAUCCUCUUCAGACAACCGAGCCACUACCAGGUCCAGCCCACGGCUGCAGCCAUCGCUCCCGUCGUCACCGAUAAGAAGUCGAUGGAGCCACAGGGAAGUUUCUCGCUGGGUGAGAGGCUCAAGAAUGGUCCCCUGAAGUCCAUCAUUGAGCUGUUUGCCAAUCCCAGUGUGCGCAAGCUGAUCUUCACUUCGUACUUCAUGUUCUGCGUAACCUCCCUGAGUUACUAUGUGACGGCUCUGAAUGCCGCCAACAUGUCGGUGUCGCGUUACCUCUACAUCAUUGGGACUGGCCUGGUGGACAUACCCUCGUACCUGGUGCCGGUGAUCAUGCUCCGUUUCACUGGGCGUCGUAUCACCACCAUGUUCCUGUUCCUAUGGACGGGAGUGUCUCUGCUGCUGGUUCUGGCCGUUCCUGCCGGCAGCACCACCUGGAUCGUGGCUUUCGCCAUGCUGGGACGCUUUGGCAUUAGUGCCACCUACUCAGUGGUUACCCUAUACACGGCAGAGCUCUACCCCACCGAGAUUCGCAACUCAGCGCUGGGAACCUGCUCGACCUUCGCCCAUGUGGGCUCCAUUUCGGCCCCGUUUGUGGUCGACAUCUUAGGAGCCCUUGGGUGGUACAUUCCAACCACAAUCUGCGGCUGUUGCGUUCUAGUAGCUGGCCUGCUGACUCUCAUGCUUCCAGAGACUGGAACGGGCAAGCUGUCCGACAAAGUGGAGGACACCCCGGCCACUGUUCCGGCAGAGGAGGCGGAAAAGAAGUGAUGGGAAAAAUAUUCCCGAAGUUAAGUUAAGUACCAUUUUCACGACUUGAUUUAUCGGUAGUUCCAGGAGCCUCACGAUUGCAUUCUUUCAACAACGUUUAAAGAUUAGUAAGUUAAUUAGACACUGAGAAACACAGGUUAAAAUCUGAACACAAUCAAGUCGUGAAAAUGGUUUUAUAGUUAGUCUAGCGUUAACUCUAGAUAUAUUGUAACCUGCAGUACUCUAGCCUCUAAGUUCGUUGUUAGGCCGUGCUAUUCCUGCAUUAUUUAAGUAUAUAUUGAUAACUGUUUUUCUGUUUGAUAUCGCAUAAAAAAUUUGACUAUUUAUA